UGGGUCCUUCGUGUGUGUCUGACAACAUAGGUUUAGGAUCAGUUCAAUGGACAGGACAGUGAUAGAGCACUUCGUAGCAUUCAGAGAAUAACAACAUGUGUUACAUGUAGCCUGUUGGUUGUGAAAUUGUAGCGUUAUAUGUAUCCGAGUCGAGUCCCAAGCGCUGAAUCUGUGUCAAUAAAAAUGUCGUCUGUAUGUGGCACGGGUAACGGCGAGUUUGAUGGCAAAAACUCAGAUCAUGUUCACUCCGAGGACAUGGAACACCCACGUGCAUUAAUUCCCGAGCUUUGCAGACUGUUUUAUCAGUUAGGGUGGGUAACUGGAACUGGUGGAGGAAUAAGCGUAAAGCAGGGUGAUCAUAUCUACAUUGCCCCUUCUGGAGUACAAAAAGAGAGAAUUCAACCUGAAGACAUGUUUGUUUGUGAUGUGGAGGAGAGGGACAUUAGCUCCCCACCCCCUUGGAAGAGGUUGAAGAAGAGCCAGUGCACUCCUCUGUUCAUGAAUGCCUACACCAUGCGAUCGGCAGAGGCAGUCAUUCAUACUCAUUCAAAAGCUGCAGUAAUGGCAACACUGCUGUUUCCUGGAAAGGAGUUCCGCAUCACUCACCAGGAGAUGAUCAAGGGCAUUCGCAAGGGAAAUUCAGGCACCAACUACAGGUAUGAUGAGAUGCUGACAGUUCCCAUCAUUGAGAACACACCUGAGGAGCGGGACCUUAAGGAUCGCAUGGCCCGGGCUAUGGAAGAGUACCCAGACUCCUGUGCAGUCCUUGUGAGACGCCAUGGUGUCUACGUGUGGGGUGAAUCUUGGGAGAAGGCUAAAACAAUGUGUGAAUGCUAUGAUUACUUGUUUGACAUCGCUGUCCAGAUGAAGCAGUGUGGCCUGGACCCAUCUGCCCUCCCCGCUGAGGAGAAAGGCAUCCUUUAAUGCCUGUCUUUGACGGUGGAACUGAAGGAUUAAGGCAUGAAUCCUGCUUGUCUGCAGUGAACAUUUUUCUUCCAUAAUCCCAGUGAUCAGUCAAAAGGAAUUGCUUAGUGCUCCACUACUUGCACCAAAGUAUUGUGGCAUGUGAUUUGUAUUAAUAUAGACUAUAAUAUAGAGUAUUUAAAACCUUUUUAGAUCUGCCAAUUGGGGCACAGACUCUGUUACAGUCAUAUUACUUAAUUACUUAAAUCCAAUGAUUUAAAAUACAAUUUUUUACACUGAUUUGAGUGUGCUCAGGGAUGAACACACAUUCAUAAAUGUAUAAAUGUAUGUGUUGUGUCAUUGUGUUUUUUACCAUGAGUAUGUGAAAAAAGCAAGAAAUAAUUUUUGUAUCCUUCAGAGAUGUUAUUGACAAUUCAGAGAAUUAGAACAGGGCCACUGUUACCCUUGAGAACAAAAUGCCUCGCCCAUUGCAAGUAUUGUAUUAUGCCACAGCAUCAUCCAGAGGAUAAGGCAACCGUAACAUACUAGAGCUUUUAUUUAUUCCUAUCAAUCAAAUGCUAAUUUCUGUUUUAAUAGUGUUUGUAAAGUAGGAAUUGUGGGGACAGAGACUGAUCUACAAACACAAAAAGCUUUUUCUUCUUUGAUCCUAGAAUUCUUUUGAAAUGUGCCCAUUUGUCAAAGGUAUACUGUAUUCAUUUCAGGUUUUACCUACAUUGUGGUACUAAUGCUCAUACCGCACAAAAACAUGUCCAUUACAUAAUCUUUUCCACAAACUGCAUUGAUGAACAUUGCUCUUGGCCACAGAAGAUUCUAAGUGCAUAGAUCACAUUGCUGCUUUUCCAUGCAUUUUUGUGAAUAGGGUUGGGUCAGUCAAUGCAUUUCAGAUGUUAUUCUCCAUGUUCCGCAUUAUUUCAGACAGUAUGCAGGCUGAGCUGUCGCCAUUGUUGUUAGCAGAGGAAGGGAGAAAGAAAGGAGGGAAGGACUUCUUGUUAAACUGAAGAUGAGGGAGGGACGAUGGAGCCAGCCACUUUUAUUGCCCUCCAUUUUUCACUGCUGCUGUUACCCCCAUCUGAGUGAACAUUAUUCUCUGAAGUGCCAUAACUCUUGGCCGACUGUAACCUACCCUGGCUUCUCAAUCAAACAGGCAGCCAAUCCGCUUCCUUGCUUCCAGCUGCGUGGGCAAAUCCCCUCAAGGGGUCUCUCAAAGAAUUGUUUACUGUGCAUUAAGAUCUAAUUCAUAAACUGAAUUUGAUAAAUAUUCCAUUUUGUCAUUAAAUUCAUAUAGGCCAUGCAGCACUUUUUUGCUGUGGCAAUAGCCCUUUUCUCAUUGUGUUUUCUGUCUUUUACUGUGAGCAGUGGGUAGGUUUGCAUUACUGCCCACAUGCUCCCUCAGAAACUAAGCAACAUUACAGCAUUCCCUAUGAUCCGGAGGAGAAAUAACCACAGGCAAAUGGUGAUUUGCUGUUGACCGAUGUUUCUGAGAGCUAUCCAUGUAAUUGCAUGCUGCCUGUGUUCAAGUACGCUGGGCAUAAUCCUUGCACAUUCAUCUUGGCACAUGAUUUUGCUUAACAGCUAUGUGCAGAAUAACUGCAGGCGUGUUGUGGUCAAUCAUGAAAGAAAUUAAGUAAGGCCCGCGCUCCCGUUUCCAUCAGAUGACGCAGUCCCCCCACCAUCAUAACAGACCUGUGUUCCUCCAAACUGCAGAGCACAGGGAGGACAAUGCACGAGGCACAUAAAGCAGUCAUUUGGACAAUGUCUUGAGUAAAAGACAUGCCAGAACCGAGUGCCCAGACUAAGGCUGAUGGAUAAUUUAGAGAGCCAAUGCUACGUGAUGAGAAUGAGAAGCCACUGGGUUGAGGGUGAAAGUGCUCGACCAGUGUGCACUGCUUGUCAAAGUGGACUAUUAAAAAACAAUUAAUUUUUA